AUGGGAGAUAAUACAGCUCCUCACACCCCCAAAAAACAAAAGAAACUAGACUCUGAAGUUCAAGCAAACCAUGCAAAACAUAGUAAGUUCUAUAAUCAUUUUCUUUUCAAAGCUUCCCUUCUUGUGUUUUUUCUAGUUGUACUUCCACUUUUCACUUCAGAAGCUCCUGAAUUCAUUAACCAAACUCUGCAAACAAGAAGUUGGGAAGUUCUUCAGCUAAUAUUUGUUGGUAUAGCUGUUUCAUAUGGCUUAUUUAGCAAAAAAAGUAAUGAAAGAGAGAAGGAACAUACCUCAAAAAUUGAUAAUGCUCAAUCAUAUGUAUCUGGAUUACUUCAGGUUUCAUCUGUUUUUGAUGAUGAAGCCGAAAGUCACGACGAAAACAAGGUACAAACUUGGAAUAAUCAGUACCAUAGAGGUAAUAAUCCAGUAGUAGUAAUUGCUAAAGAAAGUCAUGGUUUUAAUGAACAAAGAGCUGUUAGUUCAAAAAUUGGUGAAAAGCCUUUGCUUUUACCAAUUCGAAGCUUGAAAUCUCGUGUUCUUGAUCCUGAUGUAGGGGAAGAAUCUAAUGAAAAAUCUAAUAUUGGUUUAAAGGGUUUCUCUAGCAAUGUAAAUAAACCAAGAAAUGGGGAUUUUGUAGUGUCAAGUCCUAAGAAAAUGGUGGAGAAUAUAGAGGAAAAUGUUGUCCGUCCAUCGCCAAUUCCUUGGAGAUCAAGAUCAGCAAGAAAUAUGGAGAUUAAAGAAGAUGAAAAUAAUAAUAAUAAUCAUCCCCUUAAAUCUCUAUCUCCUUCAAAAGAGAAUCCUGGAUUUAACAAGAUUGAACCAUUUUCUUUAAGAUCUCAAUCCUUUAGAUCACCUAGGCCUAAUACUUCACCAAUUAAUCUUUCUCCUUCACAAUCCUUUUCAUCUUCAAGAAAAUUGUCCCCUUCACUUUCCUUUUCAUCUGAAUCACAAGCCAAGAUUGUUGAAGAUGUAGUUAGAAAGAAAAGCUUUCGCAAAUCGACUCCUCCUCCUCCUCCUCCUCCUCCUCCACCUCCACCCCCGCCACCUCACUUCUAUUAUAAGAAUUCUCCUCUGAUGAAAUCAAGCUCUAGUGUUAGAGAUGAAAAUGUUUCUACUGAGAAGGAACUGCUGAGAAGCAUUAGGAGUGUGCCAAUGGUAUCAACUGGCAAUGAAAAAUUCCAACCUCCAAAGAAAGCAUAUUCAGGGAAAGAAUUGAGGCCAUUCAUUGGUAGUGCACGAGCAAAAGAAUAUGGUGAAGAAUUCAUAGCAGAAGAAGUUGAAGAAACUAUUGGAUUCAAGAGAGGAUCAACUGAUAAACUGAUGCAUGAAAGUUACAACUUUGGAUCAAAACCAGGAUUUAUGGAGUUCCCACAAGAAGAAAAUAAAGAAUAUGUUGAGAAGUUUCUUGUGGAAACUGAUCUUGAAGAUUCGGAGACUGAAAGUGAAGAUGAUUACUUUGAAGAAAAUCCAGAGAAAACAGAAGUUACAACUCAGAGUACAUAUAGUGAUGAGGGACCAGAUGUUGACAAGAAAGCUGAUGAGUUUAUAGCCAAAUUUAGAGAGCAGAUUAGGCUUCAGAGAAUUGAAUCAAUCAGAAGAUCAGCAGGACAACCUGCUAGAAACCUUGUAAGAUAA